GACAUGCAGUGGGCCAACAGAGAACACACUCACCCGGCGUCUGUCUGCAGCCUGCCCUGUAAGCCCGGGGAGAGGAAGAAAACAGUGAAAGGAGCUCCUUGCUGCUGGCACUGCGAGCGCUGUGAAGGUUACAACUACCAGGUGGAUGAGCUCUCCUGUGAACUCUGCCCUUUGGACCAGAGACCAAACAUCAACCGCACAGGCUGUCAGCUCAUCCCCAUCAUCAAACUGGAGUGGCAUUCCCCCUGGGCCGUGGUGCCUGUGUUCAUUGCCAUUUUGGGAAUCAUCGCCACCACCUUUGUGAUCGUGACCUUUGUCCGCUAUAACGACACACCUAUUGUGAGGGCUUCGGGACGCGAACUUAGUUACGUGCUCCUAACGGGGAUUUUUCUCUGUUAUUCAAUCACCUUUUUAAUGAUUGCAGCACCAGAUACAGUCAUCUGCUCCUUCCGACGGAUCUUCCUAGGACUCGGCAUGUGUUUCAGCUAUGCAGCCCUUCUUACCAAAACAAACCGAAUCCACCGAAUAUUUGAGCAGGGGAAGAAAUCUGUCACAGCGCCCAAGUUUAUCAGUCCAGCAUCCCAGCUGGUGAUCACCUUCAGCCUGAUCUCCAUCCAGCUCCUGGGAGUGUGUGUCUGGUUUGUUGUGGACCCACCGCACAUCAUCAUUGACUAUGGAGAACAGCGGACUCUAGACCCGGAGAACGCCAGGGGAGUGCUCAAGUGUGACAUCUCUGAUCUGUCGCUCAUUUGUUCACUAGGGUACAGUAUCCUCUUGAUGGUAACUUGUACUGUUUAUGCCAUUAAAACAAGAGGAGUUCCAGAGACUUUCAAUGAAGCCAAACCUAUUGGAUUCACCAUGUAUACCACCUGCAUCAUUUGGUUAGCUUUCAUCCCCAUCUUUUUUGGUACAGCCCAGUCAGCAGAAAAGAUGUACAUCCAGACUACAACACUUACUGUCUCCAUGAGUUUAAGUGCUUCGGUGUCUCUGGGCAUGCUCUACAUGCCCAAGGUUUAUAUUAUAAUUUUUCAUCCAGAGCAGAAUGUUCAAAAACGCAAGAGGAGCUUCAAAGCUGUGGUGACAGCUGCCACCAUGCAAAGCAAACUGAUCCAAAAAGGAAAUGACAGACCAAAUGGCGAGGUGAAAAGCGAACUCUGUGAGAGUCUUGAAACCAACACUUCCUCUACCAAGACGACAUAUAUCAGCUACAGCAAUCAUUCAAUCUGAAACAGGGAAAUGAUACAAUAUGAAGAAAUGUGGUAUGCGAUCUUAAACAAUGAACGUGACACCACCAACACUCACUCCUGGAGAUCUCUGUAGACUACAAUCAAAUCAAUAGUCAAUCUUGUAAGGAACAAAAAGUAGCCACAAGCCAAAAGUAUCAAUAACAGGGAGUGAAGAAACCCAUUUUAUAUAAUACAACCAAUGAGUGUCAAGCUAAAGUAUUGCUUACUCAUGAGCAGUUAAAAAAAAAAUCACAAAAGGAAAACUAAUGUUAGCUUGUGAAAAAAAAAAUGCUGUUGAAAUAAACCAUGUCUGAUGUUAUUCUUGUAAGUAUUUUUCUGUGAUUGUGAGAACUCCCGUUCCUGUCGCACAUUGUUCAACUUGUAUAAGACAAUGAGUCUGUUUCUUGUAAUGGCUGACCAGAUUGAAGCCCUGGGUUGUGCUAAAAAAAUAAAUGCAAUGGUUGACGCAUGCAAUUUUUUAUACAAAUAAUUUAUU